AUGGAGGUGCUUCUAGGUAAUAAGCUGUUAACCCCCACAGAUAUAAAACACCGAUUGGCAUACCCUACCCAAAAACUUGAUGCUAUUCCAAUACCCUUAGGCCAAAAUGUUGUAGGGUUUGCAGUGAGAGAUGCUACUGGCAGAGUUUGGAAUUUUGAGCUUUCUGUUCGGGCUCGUGGUCGGCAUCCAAAACCUGUCAUUAUAGGAGACUGGUUGUUGUUCGUGCGUGAGAAGGGUCUUGUAGUCGGAGACAGAAUCUUUCUGACCAACGAAGAAGAUGGACAAAAUGGAAUGUGUCUGCUGAUGUUUUUAGCAAUCUCUCUGAAAGCUGAACUAGUGCUUUACACUACAGGACGGUUCGAAGAGGCUCAAAGUUCUGUAAUAAUCAACAUGAUGCAUGCCCGCUGGGGUCUUGACUCAGCCACGGGUGGCCAAAUUAUUAAGCCAUGGAGAGGGAGAGACAAAUCCUGGUCCAUGAUCAGAAUAUUCUUCACAAGCAAAGAGAGGGAUGUGAGGGUGGCCAUACUUAAAGUCUAG